UUGCUUUUACACCAUGGACAAGAGAAAGAAGGUGGUGCAGGAGUUCAAGGGGUUGCCCAAAUGCGACCUGACAGGCUUGCCGCAACAUCUGGGCGAAGAUCGGUGGUGGAACCAAGUGGUGGUGCGACUGCAUGCCCCCCGGAGAAAUGGCUGCCACCAUUGCCAUCGUAUGAUGGAUCACCGGUUGUCGGUGAGUGAUUUUUUUUUCAAGACCCAUUCUUCUCAUGACCUGGAUGCUGAGACACGUUUUUUUCUGGUUUUUUUCAGAUUGGCAUGAUGGCAGAGAUGGCGCGUGUCCCUCCCGAUCUGGACAAAGUCAUGAAUGAGGGCAUUGCCUUUGUUAUCAACCGGUUCGUGCAUCAGAUCCCCAAGUGUCCCUUGGGUCAGCGCCCCGUCAUGAUUGGCCGGAGGAAGCGCUCUUACGAUACCCUGGACAAAGUGAUGAAACGACUCGAUUUGAUC